GCCCGUGGGUCGCUAGAAAUAGCAGCAUAGAUAGCGGAGAAACAGAAGUUGGCCGCAGGGUCACCCAGGAAGUGCCCCCUGGGGUUUUCUGGCGGUCUCAGAUCCAUAUCACCCAGCCACAGUUCCUGAAGUUCAACAUAUCCUUAGGGAAGGAUGCUCUUUUUGGUGUUUAUAUAAGAAGAGGACUCCCACCAUCACAUGCCCAGUAUGAUUUCAUGGAACGCUUGGAUGGGAAAGAGAAAUGGAGUGUGGUGGAGUCCCCACGGGAACGUCGAAGUAUUCAGACCCUUGUUCAGAAUGAGGCUGUGUUUGUUCAAUACUUGGAUGUGGGUUUGUGGCACCUGGCAUUUUACAAUGAUGGCAAGGACAAAGAAGUAGUGUCUUUCAGUACAGUUAUUUUGGAUUCAGUGCAAGACUGCCCACGUCACUGUCAUGGGAAUGGCGAGUGUGUAUCAGGUGUCUGUCACUGUUUUCCAGGAUUUCAUGGAGCAGAUUGUGCUAAAGCUGCUUGCCCGGUUCUGUGCAGUGGCAAUGGUCAAUACUCUAAAGGCACCUGCUUAUGCUACAGUGGCUGGAAAGGUCCAGAAUGUGAUGUACCCAUCAGCCAGUGUAUUGAUCCCUCAUGCGGAGGUCAUGGUUCCUGCAUCGAUGGGAACUGUGUCUGUUCGGUUGGCUAUAAAGGAGAAAACUGUGAAGAAGUUGAUUGCUUAGAUCCAACGUGCACCAGCCACGGAGUCUGUGUGAAUGGAGAAUGUCUCUGCAGCCCAGGCUGGGGUGGGAUAAAUUGUGAGCUUCCCAGAGCCCAGUGUCCAGACCAGUGCAGUGGGCACGGUUCCUACCUGUCUGACACAGGUCUAUGUAGCUGUGAUCCCAACUGGAUGGGUCCCGACUGCUCUGUUGAAGUGUGCUCCGUGGACUGCGGCACCCAUGGGGUGUGCAUUGGCGGAGCAUGUCGCUGUGAAGAAGGGUGGACAGGAGAGGCGUGUGACCAGCGUGUGUGUCAUCCCCGUUGUACGGAGCACGGAACUUGUAAAGAUGGGAAAUGUGAAUGCAGAGAGGGCUGGAAUGGGGAACACUGCACCAUUGGUAGGCAAACGACAGGCACCGAAACAGGCACAUAUUGCUUUCUUUUCAUAAAUUGUAGAGACAUAGUUACUGUUGUGUAUUGUAAUAGGCUGUUCCUUUAA